UCCGAGAGUAAAGAGAAAGAGAGCGGCUGUGCACUCCCACACACAUCACUUGGUUCUUUCAGAAAGACAUGAGACCAGAUGAGGAAAGGAGGGUAAGAACAGAGAAAAGACUGAAGGAAUAAAGAACAAGAGAAGAGACAAAACACAGAAAGGUCUCUCCUGCAGAGCACACACUUCAGUUUGUGUGCAAGUGAGAGGACAACCCAGCGUGACUGGGAGGACAGGGCGACACCAUGGCUGACAGUGUGAACGAGGAGUCCGAUUAUGUCCCGGGGAAAGAUGAGCUUGACUGGGGCUAUGAGGAAGGUGUAGAAUGGGGACUCCAUUUCCCAGCAGCCAAUGGUGAAUACCAGUCUCCCAUAAAUUUGAACUCCAGGGAGGCCCAAUAUGACCCCUCCCUGCUGGACAUCGGUUUAUCUCCAAACUAUGUGGUGUGUCGAGACUGCGAAGUCAUCAACGAUGGACACACUGUCCGCAUCCUCCUCAAGUCCAAGUCAGUGGUUACAGGGGGCCCGUUACCCAGUGACCAUGAGUAUGAACUUCACGAGGUUCGGUUCCACUGGGGAAAGGAGAACCAGAGAGGGUCGGAGCACACCGUCAACUUUAAGGCUUUUCCCAUGGAGCUCCAUCUGAUUCACUGGAACAGCACUCUGUUUAACUCGUUAGAAGACGCUCUGGGGAGGAAGAACGGCAUCCUCAUCAUCGCUCUGUUCGUGCAGGUUGGUAAAGAACACUUGGGUCUGAAGGCCAUCACUGAAGUCCUACAGGACCUGCAGUACAAGGGGAAGAGCAAGAUUAUACCAUGUUUCAACCCCAACACCCUCCUACCUGAUCCUCUGCUGAGGGACUACUGGGUGUAUGAAGGGUCUUUGACCACGCCCCCUUGCAGUGAAAACGUCACCUGGAUCCUCUACCGUUACCCCCUCACCAUCUCACAGAUGCAGAUUGAGGAGUUUCGGAGGUUGCGCUCUCACGUCAAAGGGGCGGAGCUUCCAGAAGGGAAUGACGGCAUGCUGGGAGACAACUUCCGUCCCACCCAACCCCUCAGUGACCGAACGGUUCGCGCUGCCUUCCAGUGACUCCUCGGCCAUCUUAAAAAUAACUGUGACCCCACAGAGAACAGAAGUCAAAGGGGAGAGUGAAGCAGAAGUGUGAAGACGAGAAUGGAAAACCAAGGAAAGGCUGAGUUGAUGGGAUAUCAGCUGCACUGAAGGUGGACAAAGAAGCUCCAAACUUUGCUGCAUGCUUUGUGUUAAAUGUGUGCUGGUAAAGGUACAGUGUUCCUAUUCUCUAGGUUUGUUUUUUUCCUUUCUUUUUUUAUUAUUCUCAUGCUUUGUUUUGGUCUGAUGUGCUGUCCGGGAGUUGAUGUUCUGUAGUUUGAGUCACUGUGUGUGUGGAGAGUAAUUUAUAGAAAACUUAUAGGAAGAACUGAGAUCCAAUCCAGCACAAAAAUGUCUUCUAUGAAUAAAAGUCACUUAAUUUUAUUGAGAAAUAUCUGGGCUGCACUUUGUAAUGAUGUGACUCCUUUUUAAAAGCUGGUUUGGCAACAAACUCAUGAUAAGAGUGAAAAAUAAGUCAUUUUUCUGACUUAAGAAUUGAAUUAAAUGCUAUAAAGUCCUCAAGAUGGACCAUUAAAUGUGUGUUUUAUUGCUUAACAAGUAAAUCACAAAUGCUGUUAGCAAAUGAAACAUUCACUGUGUAUUUUUUUCAUAAAAAAAUCUAACCACUUCAGUUACAAUCUAUUAACUAUGAGUACAGACAUCACUGUCGUACUCCUUCUAUUGAAUCUUCAUGAUAUCUUACUUUUAGUUGUUUUGAUUCAGUACACAAGAGUUCAAAGCGAUCCUUUUCACCAGUAUGUCUGUCGUCGUCUUCAGUGGGACCACGUGUGUCAAAAUGAGCUGAUGAAAACUGUGAGAACUGAUGACUGUUACUGUAAAGCUACAAUAAACUACAGCAGUGACUUACUAAA